AGUACAUUUAGUUUCAAUUUGGAGUUAGAAUUGAGUAUGAAAAGUGCAUGUGGGCUUGGAACUCUGAUUUCGCAAUGAGUAUGAGUAGAUGAAACCGUAAAGUUGCUUCUAGACACAGAAGACUUCUUGACUUCAGGAAACACUGCUUUAUGAAACAGUGCUUGCUAUCAGUGGCUGCUGGAAGAGGCUGUGGUGGAAGCACAACUCUGCAGGCCAGAGUUGGUUCCCAAAAUAGGCAAACUCCCAGUGCUUGCCAGAGGCUAGGAAGCUCUAAGCAACCCACUUAUCUGCAAGGAGAGAUACAGCCAAAGAGCAUCAAGUCCAACCUCCUGAAUCGUUUCCAGAGAUGGCUUAUCUUACUUGGCUUUUGGCUAUUCUUCAUAUGCACAAAGCACUGUGUGAAGAGACACUGUGGGACACAACAGUCCGGCUUUCUGAGACUAUGACUCUGGAAUGUGUAUAUCCAUUGACGCAUAACUUAACCCAGGUGGAGUGGACCAAGAAUAUUGGCACAAAGACAGUGAGCAUAGCUGUUUACAACCCUAACCAUAAUAUGCAUAUAGAGCCUAACUACCUCCAUAGAGUACACUUCCUAAACUCAACCGCAGGGUUCCGCAACAUGAGCCUUUCCUUUUACAAUGCCUCAGAAGCAGACAUUGGCACCUACUCCUGCUUGUUCCAUGCUUUCCCAAAUGGACCUUGGGAAAAGAAGAUAAAAGUAGUCUGGUCAGAUAGUUUUGAGAUAGCAGCACCCUCGGAUAGCUACCUGUCUGCAGAACCUGGACAAGAUGUCACACUCAGUUGCCAGCUUCAAAGGACUGGGUCAGUGCAACAAGUCAUAUGGGAAAAAGUCCAGCCCCAUCAGGUAGACAUCUUAGCUUCCUGUAACCUAUCUCAAGAGACAAGAUACACUUCAAAGUACCUAAGACAAACAAGGAGCAACUGUAGCCAGGGGAGCAUGAAGAGCAUCCUCAUCAUUCCAAAUGCCAUGGCCGCUGACUCAGGACUUUACAGAUGCCGCUCAGAGGCCAUUUCAGGAAAAAACAAAUCCUUUGUCAUAAGGCUGAUCAUAACUGAUGGUGGAGCCAAUAAACAUUUUAUCCUUCCCAUUGUUGGAGGGUUAGUUUCACUGUUACUUGUCAUCAUAAUUAUCAUCAUUUUCAUUUUAUAUAACAGGAAGAGACGGAGACAGGUGAGAAUUCCACUUAAAGAGCCCAGGGAUAAACAGAGUAAGGUAGCCACCAACUGCAGAAGUCCUACUUCUCCCAUCCAGUCUACAGAUGAUGAAAAAGAGGACAUUUAUGUAAACUAUCCAACUUUCUCUCGAAGACCCAAACCAAGACUCUAAGCUGCUCUUUUGGCCUGAACACAUUAGUGAUGACUUCUAUGGCAUGGAAUUUUACCCAUGCUUUCCUCACCACUAGGAUCUACAUUGAUAAAAAAUUGAUUGAAUUUAUUUCAUCUCAUAUAUAGAAGUACUUUAUUACCUGGAAACAUACUUAAUAGAGAUUCAUUACAAAACCCAAAUCUAAUGUUCAUGUGUUCAAGGAACCUUCUACCAUUAUGUAACAGAACAGUCUAGAGAGGAUUAAGGACCACAUGGCUUUCUUGCUCUACUUGAAAUUAAUUGUGAGCAUAAGCUUGUUUCUGGAGUCUUCCUACAGUGUUAGUUCUACUUACAUACUACUGGUCCAACUCUCAUGCUGUUUCUCUCAGAUGCUCCCAUGAUGGCUGCCAAGGACACUUGAUAGAAAGAUUACUGGUUAAACACAAUAAAAAAGUUCAUUAUUCACUUAUUAGCAAGAAGGUAGCAUUAUCAUAAAGGAUUAGAUGACUUAAGUUAGCUAUAGGUUCAAGAUCAGGACUAAAGUAUUACUUGGAAAUUCUGAGUAUUUCUAAAAAGGAGGAUGAAAGGAACCUAGAAGUUGAGUUAUUACUAAAAACUUUUGACUGCAAAGACAUUACUCGUUAACCAGAUAACAAGUGAAUAUGCUGUAGCAUCAGCAUAAUUCAAAAGAGUAAAGGAAUGGCUAGGAAUGAGGUAGUUGUGUAAUUAUUUCUUCUCUUCCUAGUUUCAAAUAAAUUCAUCUCUAAUUCUAUAGAGAAUUCUUGCAUCCCAUUCAGGACUGGCCUUCUAUACAGUGAGAUGGUCCAGUAAUAAAUAAUUUUUUAUUUAUGUUUUUUUUUCUAUUUUGAGAAUUAUUUUAAUAUAUA